CUCACGACUCUCCAGCUCUCUCGACAUUGACUGCACCGCCCGUUUCACAUCCUAUCGUGGGGCAAGGUCCAGGUCCAAGGUUGGACUUCGUGCAAGAGCUCAAGCAGCAGUAUUCACAUGGCAGAGCUUCAUUCCACUCUUGGCAGUGUCCGGCAUGGAGUGGACAUCCCUUCCCCGAAACUGCAAUGGCAGCGGGGGUCCCUCACCAUCAUCCGAACAGAUUGAUAGGUAGGGCACGGUCUGCCAGUGCGGAUGGCUUUCUUAUCUUUCAGUCUGAAGCGCUAAGGUAAGCUUUAAGCUUAACAUGAGUGAGUGUUGUGAUUUGGAGCAUUCUUCUUCAAGACACGUUCCUGGACAGUUGCAGUACCGUAUAGCCUCAAUCUCCAAGCGGAUGCAGAAGUUUGCUCAUCAAUGCGGUCCCCUCGGUCGCGAGCUGGAUUUGGCACGAGUAUCUCGUCGGUCAUGACGACUUCUACGGCCUCCACACCCUCGAGCUCUCCCCAGGAGGGCACGAAUCCUACGAACAGUACGAACGGGAGCAAUGCAGAGAAGCUGCAAGAAAACACGGACGGAGUCGAGAACGGAACACCGAGUCCUCGGACCAAGCUUUACACAGAUGCAUAUACGCAUGGCUACACGGAAGGAUACAUCGAGGGAAAUGGAGCGCCGAGGAAUAUACCUAUAGCCAUCGUGGGCAUGUCCUGCCGUCUACCUGGCAGCGUAAGCACACCAGACGAGUUCUGGGAGCUCUGUUCACGCGCGCGAAGUGGCUGGUCGGAGAUACCGAAAGAGAGGUUUGAGGCUGCCAGCUUCUACCAUCCAACUCAAGGGAAGACAGGCUGUUUCAAUGCGGUGGGAGGGAAUUUCCUCAAGGAAGAUGUUGGUUUGUUUGACGCCCCGUUCUUUAAUCUGACAGCACAAGAAGCCACAUCUAUGGAUCCCCAGCAGCGCAUCUUACUGGAGUGUACGUUUGAAGCUCUGGAUAAUGCAGGAAUACCAAAACAUGAGAUUGUUGGGAAGGAUGUUGGGGUUUUCAUUGGAGGCUCAUUUUCCGAGUAUGAAUCACAGUCGUUCGUCGACACUGACAAUAUACCCAUGUACCAAGCUACGGGUUGCGCAUUUGCAAUGCAAUCAAAUAGAAUCUCCCAUUUCUUUGACUUACGGGGCCCAAGCUUCACCUUAGAUACAGCUUGUUCUUCUAGCUUAGUCGCUUUACAUCAAGCAUGCCAGAGCCUUAGAACCGGAGAGUCCAAGUCUGCGAUUGUUGGAGGGUGCCAUCUAAAUAUGCUGCCAGAAUUUUGGAUAUCUAUGGCAAAGUCUAGACUCUUCUCGAGUGAAGGAAGAUCAUUCUCAUUUGACAGUCGGGGAACAGGCUAUGGCCGCGGUGAAGGCUGUGGAUUUGUGAUUCUCAAACCAUUAGAUCAGGCGUUGAAAGACAACGAUAAUAUCCGGUCUGUCAUCGUGGCAAGUGGCAUUUCGCAAGAUGGCAAAACCCCUGGGAUUACAAUGCCAAAUGGCGCCGCACAGGAAUCCCUCAUGGAAUCGGUCUACAAAAAUGCUGGAAUAAGUCCCACGUCAACUGGCUACGUAGAAGCACAUGGUACUGGCACCAAGGUUGGGGACCCUAUUGAAGCUGCCGCGCUGCACAAAGUUUUCGGUGAAGGUCGGACAAGUCGAAACCCUCUCUUUAUUGGAUCAGUGAAAUCUAAUAUUGGCCAUUUGGAAGCCGCUUCCGGAAUAAUUUCGGUGAUAAAAACGGCAUUGAUGCUGGAAAGAAGUUUCAUCCUCCCAAAUUUUGGCUUCAAGAAACCCAACGAAGCCAUACCGUUCGCCAAAUGGAAUUUGAAAGUCCCGAUUACCCAGCGCCCGUGGCCUAGAGACAAGCGCUUUGCCAGUAUCAAUAACUUUGGGUUUGGUGGAACAAACGCACACCUCGUCAUGGAACGGGCGCCAAUAUACAGGAAGAACGAAGAACAACCGGAUGUUGGAGCCCAACCAAGAAAAUUGUUUGUUCUGUCUGCGAACAAUAAGAGUGCCUUGGAGCUGUCGAUGAAGAACCUUGGAAUUUACCUCGAACAAAGACCUGAAAUAUUUCAGAACGAUCUAAUGACCAAUCUCGCAUAUACCCUUGGCCAACGACGGUCUUUAAUGCAAUGGAGAAUUGCAAUCUCUACAACCUCAUCUUUCGAUUUGAUUCAAGCCCUAAACAGUGGAAAAGUUACACCUGUACGAGAAACCGAUGCAGCUUCACGGAUAGGAUUCAUCUUCACUGGACAAGGAGCCCAAUAUUUCAACAUGGGACGAGAGCUAUACUUCCAAUACCCUGUGUAUGCUUCCACUAUGGAUGCAUGCGAUGAAUAUCUAGCCUCGAUAGGAGCUCCAUUUUCACUUCUCGAUGAGUUGAACAAGGAUGCAGACGUAUCUCUUAUCAAUGAGGCCCAUAUCAGUCAACCCGCAUGCACUGCAAUUCAGCUAGCUCUUACAGACCUUCUGCGGUCAUGGGGCAUCUCGCCCACUGCAGUAGCUGGCCAUUCGAGUGGAGAAAUUGGUGCUGCGUAUGCGGCCGGCAUUUUACCUCUGGAAUCUUGUUUAGCCAUUUCGUACCACAGAGGAAUGGCUACGAAAGGGUUGAAAAAGAAGCAUCCCCACUUGAAAGGCUCUAUGAUGGCUGUAGGGGCUACGAAAGAAGAAAUCGAGCCCUUGCUUGCUCAGCUAAAGACAAAAGCGCGAAUUGCAUGUUUCAACAGCCCAACAAGUCUGACGAUUUCGGGAGAAGAGUCUGCUAUCGAUGAUCUCCAAAAGAUCCUAGAAGAAAAACAAGUCUUCAAUCGCAAGCUCCAAGUUGACAUGGCCUACCACUCCCAUCACAUGGAUCUCAUUGCUCAAGACUACCAAAGAAACCUCCAAGCACUCGACGCACCUAAAUUGACACAGAUCAAUUUCUACUCUUCUUUGCACGGAAAGCUUGUGGAUGCUACUAUGCUCGAACCGUCGUACUGGGUGGAGAAUCUGACGCAGUCAGUACGAUUCUCCGAGGCUGUGACCAAGAUGUGUAAGCCUGAUAAUGGCGAAGCUGGAGUCGGUAUAGUAAUUGAGAUCGGGCCCCAUUCUGCACUUGCUGGACCGUUCAAGCAGAUCCUCAAGGCGUGUAGCGCGAUGGACAUCACUUACUCGUCUGCUCUUGCAAGAAAGAAAGACGCAGUUGAGGCAGCGCUCGAGCUGGCGUCAACUCUCUUUGUCAAAGGAGCGAACCUCAACAUGGGUGCUAUCAACCUCUCUAAGCAAGCUCCAGAGGUACUAGUUGAUAUGCCUCGCUACCCUUGGAACCACAACACCCGAUAUUGGCACGAGGGACGUCUUGCAAAGAAACAUAAAAAUCGAACAAUUCCUCGGCACGAUCUUCUUGGUACCUUGGCGAACUACACGACUGACGCAGAACCAACUUGGAGAAAUAUCCUGCACAUGGACGAUCUGCUUCCUUGGCUACGACAUUACCAAGUUCAGUCUUUGAAUUUGUUUCCUAUGGCUGGUUUUAUCUCCAUAGCUGUGGAAGCUGCGUCCCAAAGAGCCGCCCUACGCAACGUGCACCACUAUGACAGCUUUCAACUCCGUAGCAUUUCAGUCCACCAUCCAUUAAUAUUGAUGGACGAAGACAUCGAACUGACAAUUCAGCUCCGUCCUCAACAAGAGAGUACUCUCGUUUCAUCUGAUUCGUGGGAUGAAUUCCGCAUCUGCUCGUGGACCUCCAGCAAAGGCUGGGCAGAGCACUGCAAAGGUCUGGUUGCAGUCAAGACUAGUGGUAUUACGACUAUAGAAGAAUCGAGACGCUCAGAGAUCACGACUUCCGAAAAAGCUGCUGUGGAGAAAGCCAAGCUCUACCAUUCACUAUCUAAUCUUGGAGUUUCUUAUGGACUCAGUUUUCAAGGCCUCAGUGACUGUCAAGCCAGUGAUAACUGCUCAACAGCCACAAUUACGAAUGUCGGUACUGCACAAGAACACGCAUUUCAGACAGACUCCGUUAUCCACCCCACACUGCUGGAGCAGCUGAUCGAGAUGUACUGGCCUGUUCUCGGUGCUGGGCGAGCAUCCGUAAAAUGCGACACGGUGUACCUUCCCUCAUCUAUCGAAUCUAUGACAAUCUCGAGGAAUAUUACAGAGCUCACGAAGAAACCAGGGGACUCACUGGAUGCAUUUUGUGAAGGGUCGUUCUCUCGCUCAGCUGUCGUGCCGAUUCAAUUCUCAAUGUUCGCCACUGCCACCAACUCCGACGAGCUACUUCUUGCGGUGAACGACCUGACCGUUUCUCCGAUACUGGAAAGAGAUAUCGGUUCAGAGAAUGACACUCCCAGGGAGCUCUGCUACAAGUUAGAGUGGGAACCAUUUGCUCAGCUCUCGGACAACAUUACCAAUGGAAACACGAACGCCACUGAAAAUGGUGAUCCGCGGCACCUGAACGGAUUACCAAACGGUACUUCGGAAAUUGUUCCCAACGGGGUCGCUUCACCUCCAAGCGUUGUCUCCGACUUCCCUCUAGGAGAACUGAUCAUCGUUCAUGGAGAAGGUAGCUUCCAGAAACUCCUUGCGUUGGAACUGGCAGCAAACAUCGAGCACUUGACAGGUACUCGACCCGCCCUUGAACGUCUCACAACAGAUCUCCAGCCGUCUGGAAAAUUCUGUCUCUUCAUCUCAGAACUAGAACAAAAUCUUCUCUCAUCACUUACAUCCGACCAAUUUACCGCCUUACAGAAGAUGCUGACCAGCGUCGAGGGCGUCCUCUGGGUUGUACGUAGAGCUUAUCUUUCCUCCAGCAAUCCUGACGCAAAUAUGAUCACUGGACUCAGUCGAAGUAUUCGUUCAGAAACGCUACUCAAAUUUGCAACGCUGGAUCUAGAUUCAGAACCCGUACUAUGUCUAUCAAGUACCGUGCAAACUAUCCUCAACGUCUUUACCGCCGUAUUUGGCCCAAAGGCGGAAGCGAACUGCGAGCUAGAAUUUGCUGAGAGGAAAGGUGCGUUGUUUACGCCACGCGUUAUAAAUGAUGUGGAAAUGAAUGAAGCUGUGCAUAAGGCUAGAUCAUUCACCCUCGAGCCGACGCCAUUUAUACGGAAAGAUCGACCAUUGCAAAUGGCGAUUGGAACACAUGGUGCAUUGGAAACUUUGCAUUUCGUUGACCAGUCCGUUGAAGAUACAUUGGCGGAAGACGGCAUCGAGUUAGAGGUCAAGGCAAUUGGGAUGAACUCACGCGAUAUUCAAUUAGUAAUGGGUGUGUUGCCUAAUUCUGGUUUCGGUGUCGAGUGCAGUGGCAUUGUCACCAAAAUUGGAAGCAAGGUCACCAAUGUCGCAAUUGGAGAUCAUGUCGCAUGCUUAUCGGUUUCUAUCGGCGUCUACUCAACAUACACUAGGACAAAGUCAUCGUUUGCUAUUCAAAUCAAGGAUGAGACCUCAUUUGAAGCAGCGGCUGCUAUACCUGUUGCAUAUUCUGCAGCAUACUAUGGCUUAAUAGACCUUGGUCGCUUGCUUCAGAGCGAGCGAGUUUUGAUUCACGGUGCUGCCAGUGCAGCUGGUCAAGCAGCAAUUUGUCUGGCUGAGAUGAUGGGCGCCGAAGUAUUCGCCAUGGUAGGCAGCACUGAAAGCAGAAAAUCGCUGCUGGAGAGAUUCUCUAUGCAAGAAGACCAUAUCUCAUCGAGCCACAUUUCUUCCUUUGGAAAGAUCGCCAAAGGUGGUUUCGAUAUUGUGCUGAACUGCACUUCAGCCGAUUUCGACACUUCAAGAGAUCUGUGGGAAAGUUUGAGUAAUUUCGGUCGAUUUGUGCAGAUCAAGAAAACGGAUGGCCAUGCUAGUGCUAUACUUGCAAAUACCAGCCUCCAGGGCAACAGGAGCUUCAUGUCGGUUGAUUUGAUUUCUUUGGCUCUAGAGAGACCCAGGAUCAUGGAGCGUCUCUUGUCUGACGUCUCUGGACUCUUGGAGAAGGGGAAAAUACAGACCCCUGGACUGAGCAUCUACUCGAUAUCUGACCUCGAGGCUGCUUUCAACGCCUUGAAAGAUAGUACUACGGACAGCAAGUUGAUUGUUUCACCACAGCCAAGCGAUCAAGUAAAGGCAACUCCUUGGAACAAAGGGAACAAACUCCUACGUUCAGAUUGCUCGUACAUCCUGAUUGGCGGCACCGGUGGGCUAGGACGAAGUAUGGCCCGAUGGAUGGUAGAUCAGGGGGCUCGAAACAUUGUUCUAGUCUCCAGAACUGGAAGCGUGACCAGCAAAGUGAAGACUUUGAUCGAUGACCUAGCUGCUGUUGGCGCCAAUAUUUUGGUCAAGAGUUGCGAUGUCUGUAACGCCGAGUCCGUGAACAAUCUCAUUCAUAAAGACAUGCUUGGUAUGCCAGAGAUCAAGGGAGUUGUUCACGGUGCUAUGGUCCUGAAGGACGUCCUUUUUGAGAAGAUGACCUACGAGCAGUAUACCACCGUUAUCGAGGCUAAAGUGCGCGGGGCAUGGAACUUCCACAACGCCUUACUGUCCACCAAACUCGAUUUCUUCGUAGCCAUCUCAUCAGCCGCAGGUGCAGUCGGCAAUCGAGGCCAAGCCGCGUACUCAGCCGCCAAUACCUUCCUCAACGCAUUCGUGCAACAUAGACUCAAACUUGGCCUCCCCGCCUCCUCUCUAGAUCUAACUGCUGUUUCAGACGUCGGUUACCUCGCCGAAAACAUUGAGACGGCUGCCGAGGUGUCCAAGAACCUGGGGAGUGACACGAUUUGCGAGGCGGAGGUGUUAGCCCUGCUUGAAGCUGCCAUCGAUGGUCGUCUGUCGAAGAGCUGCAACAACCACACGAUCACGGGCAUGCGACUAACCACCUCAACAUUCUGGACCAACGACGCGAAAUUCAAACACCUGCGCCUCGCCGCAGCCACCGAAACCGACGAACCGGUCCAAAUCUCCUUCAAAGCCGCCCUGAAAGCCUCAACCUCUCUCCCGGAAGCCGAACUCGUCGUCCAAAAAGCGCUGCUGAACAAACUGCCCUCGGUCUUGGUGCUGGAAGCAGAGGAUAUGGACGUCACGCGCUCGCUGUCGAGUUACGCGCUUGAUUCGCUGGUGGCGAUCGAGGUGAGGAAUUUUAUUACGAGGGAGUUUGAGGCGAAUUUGCAGGUGUUGGAACUGCUUGGGAGUGGCAGUAUUGAGACGUUGGCGAAGGCUAUUUGUGUUAAGAGUAAAUUGGUUGAGUUUAAGGAGGGAGCGGAAUAGAGGAAAGGGGAUUUUAGAGGGGACAGAGAGAAAUUUGGGCAGGGACCAAAUGGCUUCUUGGUGUAUAUAUGAUGGGGGGGAUUUUUUGAGAUGGUUUUGAUGCUUGCUUGGGUUAGGUUGCAUUGUUGUUGUAUAUAUUUGUGC